GGUGAAGACGAAGCCAUGUUUGUAGAAUAUAGAAAACAACUGAAGUUAUUGUUGGACAGGCUUGCUCAAGUUUCACCAGAGUUACUGCUGGCUUCUGUUCGCAGAGUGUUCAGUUCUACACUGCAGAACUGGCAGACUACACGGUUUAUGGAAGCUGAAGUGGCAAUAAGAUUGCUGUAUAUGUUGGCAGAAGCUCUUCCAGUAUCUCAUGGUGCUCACUUCUCAGGGGAUGUUUCAAAAGCUAGUGCUUUGCAGGAUAUGAUGCGAACUCUGGUGACAUCAGGAGUUAGUUCCUAUCAACACACAUCUGUGACAUUGGAGUUCUUCGAAACGGUUGUUAGAUACGAAAAGUUUUUCACAGUUGAACCUCAGCACAUUCCAUGUGUACUAAUGGCUUUCUUAGAUCACAGGGGUCUGUGGCACCCUAGUGCUAAAGUCCAGAGCAGAACCGCUUACCUAUUCUCCAGAUUUGUUAAAUCUCUCAACAAACAAAUGAAUCCUUUCAUUGAGGAUAUUCUGAAUAGAAUACAAGAUUUAUUAGAGCUUUCUCCACCUGAGAAUGGUUACCAGUCCUUGUUGAGCAGCGACAAUCAAUUAUUUAUCUAUGAGACAGCUGGAGUGCUAAUUGUUAAUAGUGAGUAUCCAGCAGAGCGGAAGCAGGCAUUAAUGAGGAAUCUGUUGACUCCACUCAUGGAGAAGUUUAAAAUUCUGUUAGAAAAAUUGAUGCUGGCACAGGACGAAGAAAGGCAGGCAUCUCUAGCAGACUGUCUCAACCAUGCUGUUGGAUUUGCUAGUCGAACCAGCAAAGCUUUCAGCAACAAGCAGACCGUGAAGCAGUGUGGCUGCUCGGAAGUUUACCUGGACUGUUUACAGACAUUCUUGCCAGCUCUCAGCUGUCCCUUACAAAAGGAUGUUCUCAGAAGUGGAGUCCGCACUUUCCUUCAUCGCAUGAUUAUUUGCCUGGAGGAAGAAGUCCUUCCCUUCAUUCCAUCCGCUUCAGAACACAUGCUCAAAGACUGUGAAGCAAAGGACCUCCAGGAAUUCAUCCCUCUCAUCAACCAGAUCACAGCCAAAUUUAAGAUACAGGUAUCCCCAUUUUUACAACAGAUGUUCAUGCCUCUUCUUCAUGCAAUUUUUGAAGUUUUGCUCCGACCAGCAGAAGAAAAUGACCAGUCUGCUGCUUUAGAGAAGCAGAUGUUGCGGAGGAGUUACUUUGCUUUCCUGCAAACCGUCACGGGCAGCGGAAUGAGUGAAGUCAUAGCAAAUCAAGGUGCAGAGAAUGUAGAACAAGUGCUGGUUCCUGUUAUUCAAGGAGCAGUCGAAUAUCCAGAUCCCAUUGCUCAGAAAACAUGUUUUAUUAUCCUUUCCAAGUUGGUAGAACUCUGGGGAGGUAAAGAUGGACCAGUGGGAUUUGCUGAUUUUGUUUAUAAGCACAUUGUCCCCGCAUGUUUCCUAGCACCUUUAAAACAAACCUUUGACCUGGCAGAUGCACAAACAGUAUUGGCUUUAUCUGAGUGUGCGGUGACACUGAAAACAAUUCAUCUCAAACGGGGCCCAGAAUGUGUUCAGUAUCUUCAACAGGAAUACCUGCCUUCCUUGCAAGUAGCUCCAGAGAUAAUUCAGGAGUUUUGUCAAGCGCUUCAGCAACCUGAUGCUAAAGUUUUUAAAAACUACUUAAAGGUGUUCUUCCAGAGAGCAAAGCCCUGA